AUGCCGCCCCUCGACAGAAUCAUCACGGAUCCAAUCAUAUCGACAGAGAACACAACCUUCUCCCCCUCGCACUCACCACAGCCAGUCGACAACUACCCAACGCCGGCACUGGAGGGCGCCGCAGUCCCAACGGAACGCGAUCCAUUGAUUCGGACUGCGCCCAAAGCCAAGAAACCAUUCUACCGCGCCCGCCCAUUAUGGCUGGUACCAUUUGCACUAAUUGCAUCUCUUACUCGCGGCAUGACGCUGGCGUCCCGUGUGGAAGUCUUUACACAAUUGUCAUGCCACAGCGUAUACGAGCACUAUAAUCACACCAGUGUGAUACACACUCCGUUCUACUCAAGCCAUGACGUGGUCGAUCCAGUAGAACCCCAUUUAAUCUCCGUGCAUUUGGCAUCAUCACCUGUCCUUACUUUAGGCAAAACCCAGGAGAACGGCGAUGCUGAUGAAGAUGACGAUCCCCGCAUGAUACCAAGUAAAAAGUGUGUUUCAGAUCCCACCGUCCAGGCAGGUGCUGCACGCCUGCAGACCAUAAUGACCACAACGAUGGGUGCCCUCUCUGCUCUUACAACGGGCUGGUGGGGCCAGUUUGGGGAAAGGCACGGCCGCACACGUAUCCUUGCUAUCUCCACCUUCGGACUCUUCCUUACAGACCUCACAUUUAUUCUUGUAUCAACACCUCACAGCCCCCUUGCCGUUCACUCGCAUAAGCUGCUCAUCCUUGCACCUAUCAUCGAGGGCUCUCUUGGAGGAUGGUCGACCUUGAACGGUGCCAAUACGGCCUACAUCGCUGAUUGUACAUCUCCUGGUUCGCGUGCGACUAUUUUUGCCCGUUUCACUGGCGUCCUUUCUAUCGGACUUGCUCUCGGGCCCGUACUCGGUGCAUGGCUGAUCAAGAAUCCGAUACCUUUCUUGAGUGCUGGAAAUGUCGAACACCCACUACAAAGCGUUACAUCCGUUUUCUGGGUGGCGAUUACCUGUUCUUUCGUGAACUUGCUUUUGGUACUCUUUGUGUUCCCCGAAUCGCUUCCUGCUUCUCGCCGAGCAUCAAAUAGGAAAGGUAAGGGUCGAGCCGUUGAGAGUGGUCCAGAAUUCCCUAGCAGUACGUGUAUCACUGUGUCGAUGAGCCCUCCAAUGGAUGGACCUGCAACUCGCAUCAUCCGAAGCUUUCUAUCACCCCUUGCCGUCUUCCUCCCGUCCCAUGUUCCUGUAGCUACCAGCGCUACUGGAGACUCACUCGUGCCCUCUCGCACACGGAAAGACUGGGGUCUAACGUUCAUCGGCAUGUCGAUCUUCUUGCACAUGUUGGCAACAGGGAUCUUCCAGCUCAAGUACCUAUAUGCUGAGCAUAUCUACGACUGGACAGCUGAACAACUAAGCUACUAUAUCUCAUUCAUGGGAGCCUGCCGUGCUUGGUACUUACUUGUCUUCCUCCCAUUCCUUCUUUUAAAGUUCAAGCCCGUCCGCGCUGCGGUUUCCUCUACAAACGCACCCGCGAAUCCCGCGGCGCCUACGUCAAAGCCUAAGCCCACAAAGUCUCAUCUAUUCAAUGAAAUGCGGUUCGAUCUCCGUGUCGUGCGGUAUUCCAUGCUUAUAGACUUCCUUUCGCAUGCGCUUGUUGUCAUUGCGCCUCUGCCCUCCCGCGAUUCAAGUAGUGUUUGGUGGUCGCAGUUCAUGUUUGUUGGUGCAACAUCACUCUCGUGCGUUGGUGCGGGGGUGAUGCCAGGCAUGCAGAGCCUUGCAUUGUGCACCCUCCAGGGUCGUGCGCUGGCUACUAAGGAAGGUCUUGUCCGUACAGGCGAGGCUCAGGAGCACGAUAACGAUGUUGAGUUGGAGCCUGGAAAACUUUUUGGUGCUCUCGCUGUCCUGCAAGCCGUCGGUCAGACUAUUCUCGGGCCCAUGCUCUUUGGUGUCAUCUACAGCAGCACCGUAGCCUCCUUCCCAAAGGCCAUUUUUGCAACGGCCAGCGGCCCUGGUACUACUAUCAAUCGCGUUCACUAUCCUCGUCAGGCCAGAUGUCAGUCUCUCCAUGAUGAAACGCAAGAAGGUCGAAGCCAAAGGCAAAACCGCCGUCCGUCCUUAUGGCGUGAAGCCAAAGCGCAGAUAUCAGGAGCAGGCCCGCGGUAG